UUCUCCUUUUCUCACCCCUUUUACUGCCAAUCUUCAAUCUUGUGACGUCACCCCCGCAACCCCACACUCUCUCUCCAAGGGCCCCUUUCGCCAUCACAGCCUUCCCCGCACUCCCAGUCAAUCGUCCGGUCAGCUGGUUGGUUAGCUGUUACCUCAGUAAAUGCCCGCACUGCCACAGCAAGGUACACUGUACAUAAGAUAGGUUGCUAUCGGAAAACCGGCUGUGCGAUACCGAGGCCGUCGUCCCCAGAUAAGAUGCGCGGCCCUAUCCAGCAGCUGGGCAACGAGGACACUGAUACAGCGACAGAGAGCCGAGCACUAGACGGCGAGCCACAGGAGCCACAAGACCAGGACGACGGCGAUACCCUCGUCCGGAGCAUCCGCGACUUUCUGAGCUCGGCGGCCCAAGUUGUUCUCCCCGCCCAAGACAACAACGAGCCGCUAGGCGACGACGGCGAGGACGUUGACGGCGAGGGAGAGGCCGACGACAGCUCGUACUACUGGGAUGCGUCGACCAUGGCCCCGCUCAAUGCAGCCUCAGCGGCCGCCAUCGCCCGACUGCGGGCCUUCAGACCGCCCCCUUUCCCGCUAUGGGACCGCCUUCCCGUCACCCGGCGCGCUGCCGUGCUGAUGCUGCUGUACGCCGACCGGAGGGGGGACCUGCGCGUCGUCAUCACCAUGCGCGCCGCUAGCCUGCGCAGCUUCUCAGGACACGCAGCGCUUCCUGGAGGGAAAGCCGACAGCAUAGAGGAAUCACCAUACGAGAUUGCUCGCCGCGAAGCAUGGGAAGAAAUCGGCCUGCCCAUGGACGAUUCAAAGAUCCCGCCUCCCUUCAGAAUCGAGCACCUGUGCUACCUGCCCCUAAGUCUGGCAAGGACAGAGCUUGCGGUGCGGCCGUGCGUGGCAAUGCUGCACACGACAGAACCGCCGGUGCCUACCGCCGGCACCGCCAUCACCACUACUGAUUACGGUACUAACCCGGCUGCUACCGCAACCACGACCGCCGAGGAAAGCUUGAUCCCCCGCCUCGACGCUAAGGAGGUGGCGGCCGUGUUCUCGGCGCCCUUCCACAACUUCUUGCGGGCAGCGGACGAGGAGCCGAGCAGCGACGGCAGCGGCAGCGGCAGCGGUAGCAGCCCUGGUAAACCGCUGCCGCCGGGGAAGUGGUACGAGGGCAGCUGGACCAACUACCACGACGAGCCGUGGCGGAUGCACUUCUUCUACGUGCCCGUGCACGACCAGCGCGUGACCAAGCCCAAGCCGAGCCCGCCGCCCAAGAAGAUCCGCGACGGGCUGGACGCGGAGGAGCAGCAGCAGCAGCAGCAGCAGGUCAGCAAAGAGGGCGAGGUGGUGGAAGACGGGGCCGUCGGGCGGUACAAGGUCUGGGGCAUGACGGCACGCAUGCUCGUGGACGCGGCCACCAUCGCGUACGGCAAGCGGCCCGAGUUUGAGCACAACACGCACUUUGGCGACGAGAGGCUGAUUCUCGGGCUCGAGAAGCUCGGCCGGCUGGGCCCCAAGAAGCAGGCCGGAAGUGUGCUAACAGCCGAUGACAUCAAGAUGGCGAAUGACGCGUCCAAGAUGUAAUACUUCUGGUAAUUAGAUUCGGCGUGAGGAAAGCUUGGGUCACGAUUUUCACCCAUCCAUAUUUCAAGGGUUUUGUCUGCUGUCAUGAGUAAAAUACACACAUACAUCAGACCCAGGUCCAUACUCCCACACGAACAUGGUCUUGUAGCAGCUUCCUGGUACUCAGUAACGAAGUAUCUCGGGAUCAUCUCGGCCAGCUCACAGGGCCCCAUAGCUGGUGUCUUCCUCGCUUGCCCGCUCAGUGGCACGCCGUUUCCUUGGUGAGCGGGGUGCGGCCGCCGAAAAUCAGAUAUCCCAGCCCGGCUCCCACCGAGACAGAAACCAUUACCCAGCCGUUAUA